UAAGAGUGCUGUGCUGGAGUAAUCACUAUCGACCAUCAAAUUAUGCGGUACAGAGCUCAUCCGGAAUAUAUAAGAAGCGAUAACCCUGGAGAUGUUGAUCUUUGAUAACUUUGUUUUGCUCACUGUGUGUUUCUUUCUCUUCUGCGGAGAUACUGAUGCUUGGAGGAGAAGAAGACGCCGGGCACCAGUCCCAAGUCACCCGCUACCACAUUACGAACCAGUUCAAGAUACAACGGCGCCGACCUUUACCUAUUGUCCGAAUGACAUCGGUGAUUUUCCGACCUCGACCACAUCGAGAUUUGUAUCUUGGGAGAUUCCGACGGUAACAGAUGACCUCGAUACUUCGGUUACCGUCGGAGUAUCGGGCGGUUCGUCCGGAUCACUAUUUUCAGAAGGAAAUCACACUAUCGUAUAUACAGCCACUGAUGAAUCGGGAAAUACGGCAGAAUGUAUCGUUACCUUUACUAUAAGCGUUCUGCGAUGCCCACUUCUAACUCCUCCUAACAACGGUAGAAUUAAAGGGACUUGCUCGAGACUCAAGGAUUCUAGAUGUGAUUUUGAGUGCGAUCAAGGUUUCAAUCUUACCCACAAUGCCCCACUUUGUAUUGUCAUGAAUUCAGAUGCAUCAUGGGAUGGACCUGUUCCUUCAUGUAUAGUUCUGCGAUGCCCACCUCUAACUCCUCCUAACAACGGUAGAAUUAAAGGGACUUGCUCGAGACUCAAUGAUUCUAGAUGUGAUUUUGAGUGCGAUCAAGGUUUCAAUCUUACCCACAAUGCUCCACUCUGCAUUGUCAUGAAUUCAGAUGCAUCAUGGGAUGGACCUGUUCCUUCAUGUAUAGGUUUACAAUGCGAAAAAGAUGAAGUGCUUCUCCCGAACGGUCAAACGCUGAUAUUCAACCAAACGGAAGUAGGAAAGCACGCCAAUGCCCCGAUCAUCUGCGCAACAAGCAACGCAGAUCACUUUCACACUGUAAGCCGUCUGUGUUAUUACAACGAGACAGCAGGGGCUUCAUGGCGGGAUCCUUUAUAUCAGCAAUGCUUGACCAACAAUCCAACUAAUGGAUCUAACGCCAACUCCAACAAAACUCGGCCUUCUACCAUCGAUGCUCUCAUUUCGAACCCCGACAACAUCCAACUCGACUUCGUUCCCUCACUCCUUGAAGAUACCAGUCUCACGCCAAAGAAAGUUUUGGCCCUGGUAGAUACGAUACUUGACAAAGACAGUAAUACCUUUGAAGACAGCCAAGGAGCGACGGACUCGAUCUUGUCGUCCGUCAAUGCUUUCAUUGGUCGAUUGCAGGCAACAAAUGUCAGCAGCAACUUAACUUUCCGCGGCGAGAACGUCGUUGUAGCGGCGGUAAAGGUACAGAGAACAGCGUUCCCCCUUACGGCAAGUAUUAGUGCUCCUAGUCGCAAUGAGGACGAUGACGUCAUCACAUUUUCAUCCAAUGAGGAGAGCGAGGAGACCGGAAAAGAAGAGGGAUUAUCAUCGGUAUUCUUGCCAGAAGAGAUCCUGGAUUUCUUACCAGAUGGGAAUAAUCACGUAGCAGUCAGUGUAUUUGUAUUAGAUUCUCUCAAAUUAUUUGAUUCGAACUCGUCAACCAACGAGGGAUUGAAGGAGGACGCCAUUUUAGCCUCAUCCGUCUUAUCUAUUACCGUAGAGGGAGUUGAUAUUAAAAAUCUCUCUGAUGCAGUGGUUUUGAAUUUCAAACUCAAAAGGGAUCUUAUACCGGACAGAACAAAAGAUGAGAUUGUCCCCCGAUGUGUCUUCUGGAAAAGCUAUAGGGGUGUGCCAGGAGGAGUGUGGUCUCAAGAGGGGUGCCAAACUGGCCAACUUUCUCAUAGAGGAUCGUUAUCAUGCCAGUGUACCCAUCUAACAAGUUUUGCUGUAUUAUUGGAUACCAAAGGAGGGUUCAGUUCGACGACCCUUGAUAUCAUUAGUAUACUAGGAUGCAGCGUUUCCAUUAUCUGUUUGAUCAUUACGAUCGGAGUCCUUGCUGGCAUAAGGAGUUUACGUCGGAGGCUUCCCCAACAGAUAAUGAUCAACCUCAGCUCCGCAUUACUCGGUCUUUACUUGGUCUUUGUCGUUGGCGUGGACAAACCGUCCUGGGGACUAGGUUGCACAGUGAUCGCAAUCAUGCUGCAUUAUUUCAGCCUAGCAGCAGUAGCGUGGAUGGGUGUCGAGGCAUUUAGCAUGUAUCUAAUGUUCGUUAGAGUGGUGAACACGUACAUGCCCAAGAUGCUUUUGAAAUCAUGUUUCUUUGCAUGGGGUUGUCCACUGGUUAAUGUUUGUAUUACCGUUGCCGUAGACCUGAACGCUUACAGAAAUCCAGACUACUGCUUCAUGAUUCCAUUGGAGUCAUUCUAUUUUGCCCAGUUGCUUCCCAUCGCCCUUAUCCUCACCAUCAACACAAUCAUCUUCACCAUCGUCAUCUACAAAGUGACAUGUGGAAGGAAAAUGACGUCGCUUACCAACACGAUGGAAGACUCGAAUGCCGCGGGUCGGCGUGCUGAGCUACUUCGCCGAUUGCAGAACGCGGUUGCCAUCGGGACGUUGGUCGGUCUAAGCUGGGUGUGUGGAUUCAUGGCGAUCGGUGGCGCUCGGUUCUUCUUCGCCGUUCUCUUCGUCAUUUUCACCUCUCUGCAAGGCGUUUUCAUCUUCAUUCUUUUCUGCAUUCGUCUUCCGGAGGUUCGGCAACAGUUGAUCCGUAUAUCAUCCCGUGUCAUCCGGCUACUGACGGGCAGAAGAUUGGGUGGAUCACGUGGAAAGAGCACAAGCUCCACGUCUUCACGACCAUCAAAUGCCACCAUUUCGUACUCUACUGGAACGCAAGAUACCGUCUUUGAUGCCAAGAGUGCUGCGAUCCCAAAUGCUUACACAUCUUUCCAUACUAAAAAGUGACCGAUCAGCACAGAGUCCACAAUAAAGUACAAGAAAAAAUUGCAAAAGGACAAAUAAUUAGUCAUUGAUUACUUAAAAACAAGAGAAUUUGACUAGCCUUAAAGAGUAACUU